GUACGUCCAUGUGACAGUUUUAUGUGAAAACAGACCGCAAAACAUCAUUAGUCAGAGGAAGUAAUCGAUUAAAUAUAUUCUGACUAGAAGCGAAACUAGCAGUUGGUUACGUAAAUGCUAAUGUCCUUCGGAGAAUCAAACAGCGUUGCUUCAUGGUAAAUUUGAUCUCCUUUUUUUCUUCUGACAAAAAUUGUUUGGAAUCGUUUGCAGCCUGGCUAAUUAUGAAAGAAGAAUACCAAUUUAAUUUGCAACUUACCAUCUUGGAAAAGAAAGCAGGGAAGCAAGCACCGGGUGUGGGUGCUGGUAAAGGCACCGCAUAGGUACCCGGGGGUAUUUGCUGGACUGCGGUUUGAAAAAUAGAUUGGACUCUGUGAUCGAUUAUGCGACCAAAAAGAAAAAGAGAGUCAAUUUUUCCGCUAUUCUGUCAGUUCAGUCUUUGUUCACACACGCGUGAUCAGAGUUACCCUACCAGUUACCCCUUUAAUCUCUCUAAGAGUUACUCAACAUUAUAAGACGAUCUAUCAUUCCAGUCGUUUUUACAAAUCAUUGCUCCCGUCCAUCACCCGGCUAAACUCAGUCCCCCGACCCCUCUAUAGCCCCCAGUAUCAGAUAACGGCGGGGCACCGUUUUCAAAGUAGCUGGACCUAGAUCAAUUUGAUGAAAAGUGACUGGGAUUGAUUAAAAAGAAGUGAUUUGCGAAAUGGCGUCCAAAUUAAGGCACAGGUAGCUCAACUUUCUGGCCGAUUCAAUAUCAACUUCUCAAAUUUCAAUUUUCAAACUCCCAUUAUUUUCCCCCCACUUUCACUUUAGGAAAUUGAUGAAUGGUUCAUCUUUUUUCAUCAACUUUACCACGUUUGCCAUUUUGACUCGCUUUCAUUUAAUUUAUUCAAAUUUGCACCAAAUUAAAAGUGACAAAAAAAUCUCUUUUCAUAAAAACUUCAGCUGAAAUUCAUCUUCUAAACUAAUCCCACCUUAUAUGAAUGAGGAGUCUUUUCAGCACCUAAUUGAAAACCUUGUCUUUUCUAAGUCACUCGCUGCUUUCAAAAGUGGCACUCCAACCAGGGAAAAUAACUCAAAUCUCUUCAGAAAAAUCUUGCCUAUUAUUACUUCUCGUGUUCUACCUACUUUACCAAUUUAGCUAAAAACCACGCGUCUCAUUAUCCCUAUUUUCCCUUUCAAUUUAAUACCAUGACCCAUCUGUAACUUUUCCCAUCCGGAUAUCAGUUUAGAUCCCGCCUAUUCUGAAUUUCCACUAAUAUACAAACCCUGGCUGGGGCCUGCCUUUGUUUGCAAUUCCACAACAGCAGUUGAGGGCUAGUUUGGUUUGGUUCCUAUUCUACUAAUACUGUAUAAGUUGACUUGUUGCCCAAAUUCCAGGUCCCAUUGGGACUACUUGGGGAUAAGGCCACUUGUGUUAAUAUUCUUUCAUCAAACCCAUCUCCAGUUCCAUCUCAGCCUCACUGGCCACCGGAAGUAUCAUUGCGAAAACUGCCAAAAAAUCCUCUAAACUGCGUCUGAAGGUUACUUUCUGAAGAUUACAUUGGAUGCCUUCUCAGUGACCCUCCUCCUUAAUGUAAAACGUGGUUUCCCCACAAACUCACCAGUCAUUGGUUGACCUCAGACAGUUACCUUUCGAAUAUUUGGAUACACCUCCGCUUGCCUACCUUUUGCCCAAAAAAUCUGAUCAUCAACGACCUCUUUGACCUCGUGUAACCCUGGUUGACCAAUUUUUUGCCUUCAGUGUCUUAAUUGACCUCUCAGAAACUUGAGUACUAAGUGAGAGAGGUUACGAAGGAUGAUGAUGCUGGCAAUGGGUGAUGAGCACGAAUAUUCCGACCAUCCGGAACUCUGUCACUUGACUGAGGAAGAGGUGGGAGAGUUCAAAGAGGCUUUCAAACUGUUCGACAAAGAUGGAGAUGGUACAAUAUCCACCAAAGAACUUGGCAUUGUGAUGCGAUCUCUGGGUCAAAACCCGACAGAACAAGAACUUACAGACAUGAUCAACGAAGUGGACGAAGACGGCAAUGGUACGUUGGAGUUCAAAGAGUUUCUUAUUAUGAUGGCGAGGCGCAUGAGCAGUGACGACAUUGAGCAGGAGAUCCGAGAUGCCUUCCGAGUAUUCGACAAAGACGGCUCAGGGACCAUAUCCGCCGCAGAGCUACGGACUGUGAUGACGACUCUGGGGGAGAAGUUAACAGACGAGGAGGUGGACGAGAUGAUCCAGGAGGCAGACAUAGACGGGGAUGGGGAGAUCAACUACGAGGAGUUCGUCAAAAUGAUGACCAUGAGAUAAAGCAGACACUGCUCCUUAUACUCAAACAAUAACAACACUCUACACACUGCUGCGAAAGGCCAAGUUAGAUGAGAACGUAUGCCGCUUUCUGGGUAAAAACUUCCAUGGUUCAAAAGAUCCCCCACAUUGAAACGGAAGAUAU